UCGUGGAGUUAACGGAAAUUUCAACUUUCAUGUUACUCAAGAAUUCCGCUUCAACAGGCACCAGCCAGCCAAUGGACGUCUUUGACACCCGAUACCUUCGGACGAACAAGCUGUUGCUGUCGUUGCUCGGCCUAUGGCCGAUGGAGUCGUCGUUCAACAGAAAUAUAUUUUUCUAUUGUGCAUCAUUUGAUAUUAUUCUGUUCAUUCUCGUGCCGCAGUUUACAUACUUGUUCACACGUAUGAGAGAUUUGAACGAUCUUUACGAUAGUUUACCAACUUUUUUGGGCGCACAUAUUGUUGUCUUCAAAUUAUUUGGUCUCCGCUGGCAGACUGAAAAAUUAAAGAUGCUUGUUCAGCAUGUGCGUCACGAUUGGUGUUCAUUGAUGAAAGACAGCGACAUUUGGAUUUUAAUGGAAUAUAGCGAGAAAAGCCGGAUAUUCACUCUGGCCUACUUAAUUUUUACAAGCGUAAGCAUAACCAGUUACGUUACGGCACCAAUAACCAUUCGGUUAUUCGACAUCAUGUUAGGAUCAAACGUGACGAGGCCGAAGCGAUUACCGCAUCCGUCUGAGUUUUUUUUGGAUUUGGAAAAGUAUUAUUAUAUUAUUUUGACAAUCAUAUUUGUAGGAUACAUUGCAGCCAUUAUAACAGUGAACGCAACCGAUGCCAUCUACUUCGCGCUGAUGCAACACACCUGUGGUAUAUUGGCUAUAUUGAGCUAUCGUUUAAAAAACUUGAUUGUACACGAUAAAUCGCAAUAUAUCGAUCGUAAUCCCGUAUCUAAAAGGGGCAGAGACGUUGAGAACAUCGUACAAUGCAUACAGCUACAAGCUAGAACAGAGAGAUUAAUCCAGUUGAUUGAGUCGACAUUCGCGAUAUGUUUCUUUAGUGAUAUUGCCUUGGGUAUUCCGUUUUACUGUUCUGCAUGUGUGAUGAUCGUGCAGCGUACAGAAGUGAUGAAAAACACUAUGAUUGCGCUUAUUCAAGCUAUACGAUUUUUUUUCAACAGCUGGAUAGGACAGAGACUAAUAGAUCAUAGUUCUCAAACGUUUGUUGCAGCAUAUAACGGAAUGUGGUAUCAAAUGUCUUUAGAAGCAAAAAAGAUAUUGCUGUUUUUAAUAAUGAAAUGUCAAAAACCAUGUUACAUGACGGUGGCGAAAUUAUACAUAAUCUGUAUGGAAAGUUACAGCACGCUCAUGAGAACGACCGUUUCGUAUGUUAUGUUAAUGUCAUCAUUAAAUACGAAUGACACGUGAUUAUUGAUCAUAUGAAAUUUUAUAGUUUCUGUGUAUGUCACAAAUGUAAUUAUAAAAAUAUUUUAAUUAAACAAAAGUAUUUUUGUUCCUAUAUA